AUGAAGGCAUACAUAAGCAUUUGGACAGAGAGACUAUUUUUAGCGCUAACUUUCGUGGCGGCAGUCACGGCUGAUGUGUCACACCUUUUCGCACAUAGUGAUAAUCUGCAGGAUGAUGGGUAUCACUACAAUAGGCCAAGUGGCGGAGCAGUUGUAGAUGUCCCUGCUGGCCACAGGCAUGCCGCCUCGGCUCCAUCUCCAUCAUACUCUUCAGCUCCUGCUGCAUCUUAUUCAAGUGGCUCAUCUUAUGGCUCUGCAUCCGCUCCUGCUGCUUCGUAUUCUUCAGGUGCAAUUGGUGGUUCGUCUUAUCAAGCUGCUUCAGCUCCUGCUGCUUCUUAUUCGCAUGGAGUAUCUCACCAAGCCGCCUCAGCUCCUGCUGCAUCUUAUUCAACUGCCUCAUCCCCUUCGGCAUCUUAUUCAGGUAGCUCAUCAUACCACGCUGCUCCAGCUCCAGCUGCCUCAGCUCCUGCUGGAUCUUAUUCAGGUAGCUCUUACCAUGCUGCCUCAGCCCCUACCACGUCUUACUCUCAUGGUUCCUCUCACCAAGCUGCCUCAGCUCCAGCUGCAUCUUACUCAAGCAGUUCAUCUCGCUUUUCCGCUUCUGCUCCAGCUGGUUCGUUCGGAGGCUCGUCUUACAAUGCCGCUCCAGCUGCCUCUGCCCCAGCUCCAGUUCACCGUUCUCCAGCUCCUGCCCGAAAAGCAGCUGGCGCCAAAGACGAAAAUGGUUAUCAUUAUGAAGCUCCAAAAACUCCUUUUGAAAGCCGCCCUGAGCCAGUAAAAGAAUACUUACCCCCACCACCAACAAAACGACCACCACCCCCACCACCUCCACCAAAGCCAGCACCGAAACGCCCUUCUCCACCUCCACCACCUCCAAAGGAAUAUUUGCCUCCACCACCAACCAAUAAACCUGCUCCGCCGGCUCGCCCUCCACCUCCUCCACCAGCGCCAAAACGUCCACCCCCACCACCACCAAAGGAAUAUCUGCCUCCUCCCCCAACCAAUAAACCAGCUCCACCCGCACCAAAACGCCCCGCACCGCCACCACCACCACCACCACCACCCUCCCCACCAAAGGAAUACCUCCCACCAUCAUCUGGACCAAAAGGAUACUCCUACCCUAAUGACCCUCAGCCACCCUUCAGCUCCUAAGUGACUAGCAAACGAGACUUUUUCUAGUAUUAGCCAACUACAAUAGAUGCUUUUUCGUUCAAGAUUUUUUUCCUUGUCUUUUCUAUGCAAAGACCUGAGAAAACAAUGGCGAUUGAAAUUAA